GCAAGCUGCUGACUCACUUUGUAAAGACGAGCAAGAUUCGCAGCGGACGCAGCCGUGGCCGGAGCCGAAGUCCGCGCCCUGUGCUGCUCGUAGCUGCAGCUCGCAACAAGAGGGAGAAGGAGGAUAAGGAGGUAAAGAAAGACGAAGAGUACGAAGAAGAGGAAGAGGACGAAGACGAGGCAGAAGAAGAAAUGAACGAAGCGUCUCGCUCUCCUUCAGAGCGAAGGGUGCGAACGAAAAAGAAGAAGCAGUCGAAGAAAUCGAAGGCAUCAAGCAGCAGCUGCCAGCGCGACAGCAGCCGGGAGCAUGCAAAGAGAGCAGUAGUGGAGAAAAUGCGUGCGAAGGUGCAAAAUGCCGAGCUCGAAAGGCUAAAGAAGGAGCUGGCGCAGGCACGGGCAGCUGAGGCAAAAGCGACAGCAGAGAAGGAAGUGGCAAUAUUGGCAGCACGCGUGGCCCAAGAUGCCGAGGAAGAAGCGCAACGGGAGAAGGAGGAUGCCAUCCAGGCUGCCCAGGCAGCAGCUGUGGCUGAGGAGAAAGCCCGACAUGAUCUUGAGACGCUUGCAAAAGACACCGCGAAGGUGAUGGAGGCCGUCGGUUUCCUCGCCAGCGACACUGUCGGUAAGAUUAGCAACGACUUGCCGGGCACUUUCAUCAGGACGAAGAUGGAGGUGAAGACCGAGGAGUGCGAGGACUGGACCGAGGAGACAUAG